UGCCUAUGAGGCACAGUCUGACCUACAUUGUGGUUCUUGCCGUAGUACACUAGCCAUCCAUUGGGACCAGACCCUGAGUCGGGGGAGGGGAAGAGGAGGAGUAGCUUUGCACAUGCGUGUGGGCGUGUAUGUGUUUGAAGAUCCUGAACUCUUGUGUUGGGGUAGAGCUUAGGGGUCAUCAAGGCUGUAGCAGGGACCUUCUUAAAUGCACUCAGAGUGGUAUCUGGGCAGCCUCUACUGGCUUACCUCUGAGGACAGGAAGCUCACUACUUUUGGGGUAAACCUGAUCCAUGUUUAUUAGACUGAACUGAAACCUCGUUCCUGAUGGCUGCAGCUCUACCCUCUGGGCAUCACAGAGAAGGGCUGCUUCCCUUUCUCAUUCAUAGACCCUCACCCCAUCCCCAAAUAUCCCUCUUUUAUUCUAUUGCCUAAAUAUAUCAAGUUUCUCAUAAAAUCUAAAAUCGCAUCCUCUCGACAUCCUACACACUAUCUCUGAAUACUCUGCCUUUGACCUUCUUAUCACAAAGUUGCUCUGAGUAGCCAAACCCCAAAUAGGGGAUCAUGUCCCUUGUUCUGAGUUAGACCUCUAUUAAUGCAUCCAGGACCACAGUAGCAUUUUGGGUGGCUGUAUCACCUGACUUCUGUUUAGACUAUCUCACAGGUGCUAUUUAUGUACAGGCAGAUAUUUGUGUUUUUUUUUGUUUUUUUUUUUGUGGUUUUUGGCCAGGGCUGGGUUUGAACCCGCCACCUCCGGCAUAUGGGACCGGCGCCCUAUUCCUUGAGCUACAGGCACCACCCCUACAGGCAGGUAUUUGAACUUAACUUUAUCCCUAUAAAUGUCCAUUGUGGUACACUGGCCCAUUAUUUCAGUAUAUUACAAUCCUUGGGGAUCCUGAGGCAGUUAUAUGAUGAUUUCCUUUCUCACUAGGGCUAUUCCAAACUCACAUUAUACACACACACACACCACCUGUGACUAUCUGUAUAUACAUUGUAGGGGUAAGGAGAAGGUGGCAAGCAGACCUCCCCCCCCAACUCCUCAGCUCUAUCCAUGGCCGAGAUUCAGACCUGCCUGGACAAGUCUGGCCAUGUGGUGAUUGGGUGAGCCAGUUGGGUAGAUUCCCAUUAAGGACUGAGCUUCCCAGGGGCAGGUAGGACCCACAGGAGGGGCAAGGUGCCCAAUGCACUGGGGAGGGCAUCUGUCACGCACACUAGGCUUCUGACAAAGCUCCUCAGGGAAGUCCCUUUUACACUUUUGCCUUUCACACUUCUGUUGUCUCAGCUGCAGCCUCAGGGGAAUUGACCUGACACUGUGGAGACAACCAACAGAGUCUGUGAUAUCUGGCAGAGCCCCUGAAGUCCAGAACAGGACUGGAAGCCCCCAGGGAGUGAGAAGAGCACUGAGAGUGGAGUCAGGGCAUGUCUUGGAGCCGGGCUGCAGCUCAGGGAUGCCUGGGAGCUGGGCAGCGAAGGAGCAAUGCUGCCAUCAUUUCUCACGGGAUUUGUGCUGAGAAAAGGGAGGCUGCAGAGGGACUUCCCUGGAGGCAGGAACUCUUGCACUUGGCUUCAGAAAAUCUCCCAGCCCAAGGUGUCCUUGGGGACCUGAGCUCAGAGUGCACAGACAUGUGCCUCCCAGGGCUUCUGUGCAGCAAGAGAGUUUGCAUGGGACAGGGAACUUUGAACCCAUACAGAAUGCAGGGCAGUGUAAUGAUCAUGAGCCCUAAAUUUCCACCACCUGCUCUACCUGUUGUAGGAGACCAGAUGAUUUGAGGGAAGGAGAAGCAAGAGUUAAGCUUUGAAUGCUCGGAAUGCUCUCCAUAUGCGGCCCACCUCUAUGAUGCCGAGGACCCAUCCACGCCCCUGAGGACGGUGCCUGGGCUCUGCCAGGACUACUGCCUGGACAUGUGGGAGACUUGUCGGGGCCUGUUCCGCCACCUCUCACCUGACCGUAUGCUCUGGGCACUGGAAGGCAACCGUGCCAAGUUCUGCCACUACCUUUCCCUGGACGACAAGGACUACUGUUUCCCGCACCUGCUGGUCAAUGAGAACCUCAACUUGAACCUGGGCCGAGUGACAGCUGAUGCCAAGGGCUGCCUGCAGCUGUGCCUGGAGGAAGUGGCCAACGGGCUGCGCAACCCCGUGGCCAUGGUCCACGCCAGGGAUGGCACCCAUCGCUUCUUUGUAGCCGAGCAGGUAGGGCUAGUAUGGACCUAUCUGCCUGACCGCUCACGGCUUGAGAAGCCCUUCCUGAACAUCAGCCGAGCAGUGCUCACCUCACCAUGGGAGGGUGAUGAGCGGGGCUUCCUGGGCAUCGCCUUCCACCCCCGCUUCCGGCACAACCGCAAGCUCUACAUCUACUACUCUGUGGGGGGCAGCUUCGAUGAGUGGAUCCGCAUCAGCGAGUUCAGGGUCUCUGCAGACGACGAGAACACCGUGGACCAUGGCUCUGAGAGGAUAAUUUUGGAGAUCGAAGAACCAGCUUCGAACCACAAUGGGGGCCAGCUGCUCUUUGGGGAUGAUGGCUACCUCUACAUCUUUACUGGAGAUGGCGGGAUGGCCGGAGACCCCUUUGGAAAGUUUGGAAAUGCCCAAAACAAGUCGGCGCUGCUGGGCAAGGUGCUGCGCAUCGACGUGGACCGCAACGAGCGCGGCCCGCUGUACCACAUCCCGCCCGACAACCCGUUCGUGGGCGACCCCGCCGCGCGGCCGGAGGUCUACGCUCUGGGCGUGCGCAAUAUGUGGCGCUGCUCCUUCGACCGCGGUGACCCGGCGUCCGGUGCGGGCCGCGGACGCCUCUUCUGUGGCGACGUGGGCCAGAACAAGUUCGAGGAGGUGGACCUGGUGGAGCGCGGCCGCAAUUAUGGCUGGCGCGCCCGCGAGGGCUUCGAGUGCUACGACCGCAAGCUGUGCGCCAACGCCUCCCUCGACGACGUGCUGCCGAUCUUCGCGUACCCGCACAAGAUGGGCAAGUCAGUCACGGGGGGCUAUGUGUACCGGGGUUGUGAAUACCCCAACCUGAAUGGCCUCUACAUUUUUGGUGAUUUCAUGAGCGGGCGUCUAAUGUCCCUCCGAGAGAAACCAGGGACAGGCCAGUGGCAGUACAGUGAGAUCUGCAUGGGCCAUGGCCAGACCUGUGCAUUUCCAGGUCUCAUCAACAACUACUACCCACACAUCAUCUCCUUUGCAGAGGAUGAGGCAGGGGAGCUUUACUUCAUGUCGACAGGCGUGCCAAGUGCCACAGCUGCACGUGGGGUCAUCUACAAAGUGAUCGAUCCCUCCAGACGGGCACCACCCGGCAAGUGUCAAAUCCAUCCUGCUCAGGUGAAGGUGAAGAGUCGCCUUGUCCACUUUGUGCCUAAAGAAAAGUUCAUCCGGAGGAUGGAGAGCACCCCGCGGCCCACUGUGCGCACGCCCACCCAGGCGCCCCGCCGCAGCCGCCCCACUGAGGCCCCGCGCGCGCAGACCUCGCGCCCCGCACGGCCAUCACGGCCCACUAGGCGGCCAGGGGGCCGGAGGGGCGGCGGAAGGCGGCGGGGACGGCCCAGCACGGCUGGCCCAGCGCCCUCCAACGGCGCGGUGCGCCUCGUGCGGCCCGCAGGCCUGAGCCCUGGCCGUGGGCGUGUGGAGGUGUUCGUGGGCGGACGCUGGGGCACCGUGUGCGACGACGCGUGGGAUGCCAAGGCUGCCGCCGUCGUGUGUCGCCAGCUGGGCUUUGCACAUGCCGUGCGGGCCAGCAAGCGCGCAGAGUUCGGCGAGGGCCUCGCACUGCCUAUCUUGCUGGACGACGUGCGCUGUGCGGGCGGUGAGCGCAGCCUGCUGGAGUGCACACACGCCGGCGUGGGCACGCACAACUGCGGCCACCAGGAAGACGCGGGCGUUGUGUGCAGCCACGAGGACCCCGAUUUGUAGGGAAGCCUUCCCUGUGUUGCACCUCCGGCAUGCUGGCCAACCUUGGGAAAGGGGGGACUGAAUGACCCCUGUGGCUGUGUGCUGGCGGAACCUCCUGGCCGUCUCCAACCUCAUCACCAUCCUGAGCCCUGUGGGCUGACUCUCCCCUGCUCCCAGGACAGGAGCUACUAGCCCUAGCUGGGCAGGGCUUCUACCUCGGCUGCUGUGUUGGGGAUACAGAGGACACCUCUGUCAUCUCCAUUCCCAUACUGCUCAGUGGAACUCAGGGGACACUUGAUUCCUUUAGCCACAGCUCAGGCCAACCACGCUGUGGGUCCAGUGAGACAGUGAUGCUUUGUCACCCAGAGCUAUGCCAACAACAUGGCUGUUCACAAACCACCCUCCUGCCUCUUCUGUCUGCCCUGCGCCUUCCUGGGAGCUAGUAUUAGGGCCGGAGGUGCUGGGUCUGCAGCUCCCCCAAAGUCCUCAGCCCUGCUCUGUGCCAGACCUUUAGAGGGGGCAUUAAGUACAGCUGAGCUCAGCCUCUAGGAGGGUGGGCAGGGCAGAUGAGUCCCUGGGCAGUUGAGGAAAGGAUAUGGCCCAUGUCAGAGGUUAUAAGGAGAAUGGGUGAGGAACCCAAACCCAGCCUAUGUUGAGGGUGUUGCCUGUGCUGAGUUCUGGGAGUUGAGUUGGCACUAGGGUGGUGCACCAGCAUCAGGCAGACCUUCCAAGUCUGGAAGGUUCUCCUAGCUCAGUGGUUCUCAACCUUUCUUAUGCAGCCCUUUAAUACAGUUCCUGUGGAUCACCACCCACAGGUUGAGAACCACUGUCCUAGCUGCUCAGUGGAGCCAUGUGUAGAGUAUUGGGCUACAGGAGACUCUCCAUCCCUCCAUGCUGAGGGGGAUUGUCAAGGGUCCCAGGCCCCAGUGCCUUGUUGAGUCUGUGGAGCCUUGCCACUGACUGUGGCCUGUGUGUUGGGCAUCAUGUAAAAAUGGAACAGCAUGUGUCAGCUCAUUCGGUCCUCAGAACAGCCUUCUUCUUCCUCUUUACAGAAGGGGGAACUGAGGGGCACAGAGGUCAAGUAUUUUAGUUGAGGGUACUUUGCCAGGGAGAGGAGAGCCAUUUUAACACAAGCAGCCUGGCUCUAGAGCCCCUUGCACCCUGAACAUUGCACUCCCUAGCUCCAGUGCUGCUGUGCCCAGGGGUGUGCCAGGCCCUAUCUGGACACCAGCUUGGCUAUGAGGCAGCUAGAGACCCCUCGGGGCCCCUACUGCCUGGCAGAUGGCUCUGUUGCUGCCUUCCUGCUCCUUUCAAGCCUCCAACUGCCCGGAGGUUGAAUGGGCAUUGUCCCGGGAUACAGGGCACAGGGAAAUGCUGAGCAGUGUUAGGAGCAAGGAGGGCCCUUGGCAAUUGUCCAGGCCCAACUCCUUACUGAGCAGAUGGAGCAGUGAGCCUAAGGAGAGAUUGUCAGAGAUCCUAAGCUGAGCCUGGAGCCAAGGGAAGGCAUGGUGGUCCUCAAGGACUUCAAACCACAGUGGCACCAGGGCCCUGCUUGCCCAGCCCUAGCAGCUGUUUUGUCUAGAGAGGGGAUGUUGGCAGAGGGAGCUGGGGGUAAAGUCCCAGGCCCUUCCACUCAACUAGGCAGUGCCAACCUUGGCCUAUGAGUCUUCCAGGUAGGAUGGGUUCCUUCCCCACUCCCAGUCUUAUCACCUCUCAGGUCCCAAACAAGGUUUGGGUGGUGGCUUCACUCCUGGAAGGAGGUUAACUACCAUCCUUAAGCAGUAAAAAGGGAGGUGGGCAAUGAGUCUGCUGAGCACUGUACAUCAGUCUUAUACGCCAUUUAGUCCUCACACUAACAAUGAGAGUCAGGUGUUAUGAUUAGCCUGCCUUCCCAUUUUACAGAUGUGGAAGUUGAGUUCCAGGGAGGUUGUCACUUGCCAAGGUUACAUAGCCCAAAUUUGAAUUUGAACCCAGGCAGUGCAGCUCUGGAGCCUCAGCUGUGGGCUUUCCUGCUGUGUUGCCUCGAGAGCAUUGAAUUACCUGUCUCACAUGUCCCCCAGGUUCAGGGAAGGACAGAGCAGGCUUCCUGUCUGGUGCUCCUUUCACUCCCCCACUUGUGGCUGGCCACUGAGGGAACAUUUAGAAGUGACACUGUCCCUAGGGACUUCAAUCCUGCCUUAGAGUCCUCCAGGGCCUCUGGGGAUGGGGGUCAAGGUUUGCUCUCUUUUCUGCCAGCUUCCACUCACAUCUCCCUAACUCUAGCCUCCAGUUAGCAGCCUGGAUCAGAUUCCUAGAGAGGGGGGUACCUCUGCCUAAGGUCACACAGCUUAGUUCUGGACCUUAGGAGCCAAGGCUGCAGGGAUGGUCCAGGUGUGGCCCUGCAUUUAGGACUGUGUUCAAGGCAUCAGCCUGAGGUCAUAACACCCCAGCUUCACCUGUGUCCCUCUGGUAAGCCCCAGCUGGGUCAGGGCUCCUGUAGCCCGAUCAGUGGCUGCAGCCAAGCACACUGGUAGGCAGCCCCUGUGUUUACAUCUUGCAAAUAUUUGGGUGGUUCAAGGAAGCUGGAGACUGGGUUCCAGUCCUGGUUGUGUGACCUUGGGCCAGUCACUUACCUCUCUGAGCCUCACUAGAAAACAAACAUAAUCAGCAGGAUUAUUAGAUGAAAAACGAGGUAACACCGCAGAUGUGCUCUCCUGGUUCCAGGCUCCUUCUUGGACAGAAGGCUUAAUCCCAGGCUAGUAGUGUCCAUGCUGGCAGCUGCCAACUGUCCAAGACAGAGUGAGGAGGGACAUGCCAUGUGGAGGGAGCAGCAUCAGAAUGACAUGGGAAGAAAUCCUUAAAACAGGAGAAGAAAGAUCCUUCACGCCAUGUAGAACCCAAGUCUUCUUGUGGAGGCAUCUGUCCUCGCCCCUCCUUCCCUGCUAACUAGUUUUUACUGAGAACUUACUGAGGUUCCUCAGAUGUGCUGGCUCAUUUAAUCCUGACAAUGGGCCCAUAAGUCACGUUCAGCAUCACUCUCUCUUUUCCAGAUGAGGGGACAGAUCCCUAAGAGGCUAUGAAACUGGUUUCCAGAAUUUUAGAGGCAGCUUUGAAGGGAGGCCCACCCUUCAAAGCCUAAUCCUUUUCCUUUCUUAGGGUACUGGAUUUCUGCCCUCCCAGGUCACCCAAGUGAAGGCAGCUGCUUCAAAACCACUUCCUGUGCCUGUGUGUCCCCCCAAAAUUCCUGCUGGGAAGCCACUCCCUGUGUGGUGCCAGCUGUACUGGUGGUUUCAAACUUGAGCAGAAUCAAGUUCUGCAGGGCUGCUUAACAUACAGGUUGCUGGGCCCUAUGUCUCAAGAUUUUUUGACUCAGUGUUUGUAGAGCUGAGAACUUUUAGUUCUAGCAGGUUCCUGGGUAAUGCUUAUGCUGUUAGGGUAGGGCCCACACUGUGAGAGUCAUUGUCUACAAUAGUACUACCCAAUAGAAACACAAUAUGGGUAAUAUAAACUUUCUAGUAGCUAUGUUAAAAAGUAAAAAGAAAGAAGUGAAAUUAAUUUAGUAUAUUUUAUUUAACCCAACAUAUUAAAAAUGUUAUCAUUUUAACAGGUAAUCCAUAUACAAAUAUCAAUGACUUUUUUUACAUUCUUUUUUAGUAUUAAAUCUAUGAAAUCUGGUAUGGUAUCUUACACAGCACAUCUCAGUUUGGACUAGUCCUGUUUCAAGUGCUGGACAGCCACACAUGGCCUGUGGCUACCAUACUGGAUAGCUUUAUCCAGAUCUAUUCCAGAUUCUCCCAUGAAGGGGCAGAGGGUUGGCAACGCCCUUCCAGGAAGUGACCUCUACUGGCAGCUGGCAGUCCUGCCUGCCUAGGAAAAGGGCCUCCAACCCUAGGCCCUGAGGCCUGAGUGGGCAACCUGUGUUUCCCUACCUGAUCACAGCAGCACCAAAUGCGGUGUGUAUCCCAAAUACGAUGGGAAAGCCAUAUACUUGGUACCCAGGAUUAAGGGAGUCUGUGGGCUUGCCCCAUCUGGGGACAAGGGCUGUUUUGUGGGAAGAAAUAUGUUGAGCCAGAGGUCACUGUUGUUGCCUGAUGCGCUGGAGAAUAUUAAUGUCAACUCCUCUCCUUAGCCCUAGUUGGACAGGCUGGAGCUGAGUACCUGAUGCUGCUCUACGCCUGCCCUAUGAGGGGCCCCAGGCUGUGCCUAGAGCUGUUCGGGAUCUGGCCCUGCCUUCAAGGAACCACUCUCCCGUCUGUUCCACAAACUGGAAACUAAACAUGGUCACAUCACAUUUCUUUUUUAGCUAAUUCCCCCAACUCUCUUGCCAGCAUGCAGGAAGUUCACAUCCUCCUUGCAGCUUCAUCCUCCCUCCAAAUUGCCUCCAAACUCUGGACCUUCCACAGCCCACAGGGGGACUAUUUGAGCUCUCCUGUCCCCACCUCCAGCUGAGGGCCAACCUGAGGUCCCUGGUGCGUGCCUUCCAAUGCUUCUCGCCGCCACGUGGGGGCGCGGUGGCAAGCCAACUUCCUCGGAGUCCAACCCAAAGGCCGGUGCAGGUGCCUCCGGCUGCCUGACAUGUCCAGGAUGCAGGUGUCUCCGAGGCAGAAAUCCUGCCACCUCCAUGUGGGGCACAGCUCUUAAAACUUGACCCUCUCCGUCACCCCUCAGCGCACACACCCCUGCCCUCGACCGGGACUGUUCCUGGCUAUACACAGGUCUCCUUCGUUUUCCAACCCCCACGCCUUCUCCAAGACUGGCCAAGCGUAGGGCAGGGGUAUGGCCGCUUUUCAGAAACUCGGCAGUACCUAAAUACUUUGGCGCUUCUUCCCCAGCCUGGAGAAUCUUUAUCUGGACCAAGAGUGGGCAUGCCUGCGCGCCCGCCCCUGCUUUCACUCUGGGUGGCUCCUGGGAAUAGGAAUUGGGAACUAAAAAGCCCAGAGUUGGCCUCUUUUAUAAUACCUGGUAAGGAGAAGCAGGUUAUAUCAGGGAGGAAAGCCUUGGUUAUUAUUUUUAAGAUACCCUUCGGCCAACCUGCGCACAU